AAUAGGUAUCCCCCACCCCUAGGUAAGAAGCAGCCGCUCAUGAAGGCCGUGGAUCGAGUGGAGCUCUCCGGAGACGCCGAGGGCCUGAUGGCUGCUGUACAGGCGCGGCGCGCGCGGCACAUACUCCCUCGGCUCUCCGCCGACGGCACCGUCGAGUACGCACUCGCUCUUCCUAAACCGGGACAGAGACGGACGCCUCAGCUGGGCUCCGGGGCCGAUCUGGACUGGGUUCUGAACGGAGGCCGGGUUCACAGCUCUCGCUCAGACGUGGAUCUGACGGAUGACGCGCCUCAGCAGAGUAGGAUGGUGAGCGCUGGGAAAGGGAAGAACAAGCUGCCCUGGGAGAGAUCGGCCCUCUCUGUGGAGCUUCAGACCAAUGGAAGGUCACCUGAUCAGCAGGUUAGCAGUGAAGAUCCAUCCUCAUCCACGAGACACACUGGAGCCAAAUACAGUCCAUCAGAACCUCUCCUGUCUCCAGGCCGGACUCACAGGUCUCUGGGUCGACUGCGCCGCAGCGGGAGUUUGGACUCGGAUCCAGACAUUUUCAAAGCGGCCAAUCGCUCCGAGUCUGAGAAAGGUUUGCCCAAGACGAGUCGUUUUCUGUCGGGCAGCGUUGAGCGAACGUUCUCCCUCCCGACUAGCUCCACACCUCCGGGCUCGUUUCUGCUGCCCUCGUACCCGCUGACCGCGCUAACAGGGAGUCUGCUGACCCCGACCUUACCGCGCAGAAACCACGCUGACCCCUCGCUGUCCAUGUCCAACACGUGGCCCAACAAACCUGACAUCAGCCCUCACCGCAGGAGCGACGGCUCUGGUGAGGUGAGCUCCAGAAAACGCUCUCAGCUGCCGCCUCGAGCUGUACGGACCUCAUCCGUCCAUCAGAGCCCAAACACCAGCAGACCCUCGUCGCAGGACAAACAACCGGACAGAAACCUGCACCUGGAUCUGUCGGUCAACAGCGGCGCAGGAGAGCCGGAGGACGAGCCGCUGGACCGCGAGGAGAUGCUGAACUCCUUGCGCUCAUUGAGGAGCAGCGCUGUUAAGAAACGGGCCAAAGUCAGCGAGAGCAGCUCUGAGCCGGAUCCAGACAGUCCAGACUCAGCGGUGAAGCUGGAGCUGGUUCCUGAUUCUCCGGAGCAGACGUCUCCAUCCGUCACCAGCCCUCUGAGCGAGAGCGGCCUGAGCAGCCUGUACUCGCCCCCGUUGCCCAACGGCACCAAGAGCAGCCCUGUGAACUCUGCUGUGAAACCACGAGUGCCAUCAGGAAGACACGUCACAGCAGACGUCAGCGCUCGAGGUGUGACGCAGCAGGAGAAGAGUCUGUCUGAUGGGAAUGUGAGUGUGAUCGGUCAGAGACUCGUUUACUCAAACAGAUUGUUAGAUCCAGACGAGGAGAAGCCCAGCGACAUGACAUCAUCAUCACCGCAGAUCAGAGCCGCCGGCCGCGAGCCGCUCCGCGCUCUCAGACCCGCUAAAGGAUCUCAGCAGCGUGUGUCGUGCAGUCGUGACAUGUCGGAGGGCGUGAUCGGACGAGGAGUGUUCGGUUCGGUUGUUCUGCCCAGUCGUCUCAGUGUGGCGUCUUCUCCCGAGCAGUGCGACUCGGCCGGUAAAAGCGCCUUCACCAGCGCACUCGUCGAGUCUGACGCCAGUCCUGAACCGGAGGAGCUGCCGGUCACUCAGGAGAGAGUCAGACUCUCCGAGUUUGCGAGCGACAAGAUGCAUCAGCAGGACACGCCCCCCGCUCAGGACCCAAUGAGACGCCGCGUGCUCAUCAACGAUGUGAAAGACGUGAGUCUGAACGGAUGCGAGUCGCUCUCUGAUGAAUCUCCCUCCUGCCCGACUGGAUCGCAGAAUCCAGUGAAAUAUCUAAGCCCCGCCCAUCAGCCCGCCCCCCCGACCAGCCUGCCCAAUAGGAACGCAGCGCCACGACUGAGACGAGUGUCUAGUCUGAACCGGAUCAGACCGCCUGCAUCACACAGCUCCGAUGAGUUGAUUACUGGGAGUCUGAAGAAAGAGGGUCAGGAUCAGGCAGACCUGCGGCCGUUCUCUAAACCGGAGCUGGCGCUAACGCAAAGCUUCAGACUGAUCGCCGCAGACGACUGGGAGAAGAAGAUCGAGGGGAUGAACUUCCUGCGUAGUUUGGCUCAGUAUCAUCCUGACGUGCUCAUGAGCAGGAUUCAUGACGUGUGUCUCGCUCUCAUUCAGGAGGUUCGUAACCUGCGCUCCGGCGUGUCUCGUGUGGCUGUGGUGACGCUGGGAGAGAUGUUCGCGGUGCUGCAGAAGGGAAUGGAUCAGGAGCUGGAUGGGACGGUCAGAGCUCUGCUGCAGAAAGCCGGAGAAUGCAACGCCUUCAUCAGACAAGACGUGGAGCGAGCACUGGAGAGCAUGGUGCAGCACUGCACUCUCACACGCAGCAUGAACGCGCUGCUCGCCGGAGGACUCGGUCAUCUGAACUCAGUAGUGCGUAAGUGUGCGGCUCUGCAUCUCAGCGGUCUGGUGGAGCGGGUCGGAGCCGCUCGUCUGCUGUCUGGAGCUAAAGAUCUGACCGACCGCAUCCUACCAGCCGUCUGUAAGCUGGUGCAGGACUCGUCUCAGGAGGCCAGGUACUUUGGUCGACAAAUGCUGCUGUUUUUGUCCUCUCACCGUGACUUUGAUAAAAUGUUGGAGAAGUUCGUCCCUGCUAAAGACCUGCCGACCAUCAGAGACGCCGUCUUCACUCUCAAAACCAAGGGUUUGGGGGAGAUGCCUCAGGACGCUCCGUCGGCGCGGGGCAGGCGCUCUCUCCCAGGCAGUGGGCUGGUGCGCACCUCGUCCCUCACGCGUGAGCCUCUGAGCGGCAGCAGGGAUUGUGGGCAGGUGGUGAGUAAAGCGGCCGUGCACAGCCUGGCGGACCGGAGCGAGUACGUCAAACAGAUGAAGACGCUGCUCAACUCCAAAGACUUCAGGGAGAGAAUCAAGGCCAUCGAUCAGCUGGUGUGCGACUGCGAGGAGAACCCGGCUCUGGUCAUCGGCAGCCUGUUCCCGGUGUUUGACGCUCUGAAGGCUCGUCUGCAGGAGUCCAACAGUAAGGUGAACCUGCGGGCUCUGGAGGCUCUUCAGCCCAUCAUUGCUCUGCUCAGAGACAGUCUGGCUCCAGUGCUCAACCUCCUGAUCCCCGCCGUCGUGGACAAUCACCUCAACUCCAAGAACAGCAGCAUCUCCACGGCGGCGCUGGGAGCCGUUCAGGCUCUGAUGCACAACAUCGACAACAGCCUCCUGCUGCAGCCCUUCUGCUCCAAAGCCCAGUAUCUGAGCGGGAAAGCCAAGCUGGACCUCAUCGAGAGAGUCGCAGAGCUGGUGACGGAGCUGUACCCGCACAGACCGCAGCUGGUGGAGCAGAAGGUUCUCCCGCUCUUCUGGACGCUGCUCCGCUCCUCCUGUAACGGAGGAAACGUCCGGAUGGCCACAGCGAAGCUUGCCGAGGCGCUGCAUGCACACAUGGGCCAGAUGCUGCUGGAGAACGCCGCCGCUUCACAGCCUGCAAACGUGCAGAGCGACCUGAACCAGCUCCUGAGAGCCGCUCAAUCCUCCUGGACACAGACCCACAGUGCCUGACUGACCAUCUCUAACACACGGGUCAAUAAACACUCUCUCUCUGUCUGACCAUCUGACGCUUUGCACUUUCAUGGAGAUUCCACACUUUAAAUGCACAAUCACUCCGAUGUUGU